CUGUACAGUUCAAAAGAAAAGAAACCAGGCACAGGGGAUUCCCUCGGUUUUGCUCGAGUUUUUUAGUAAUUCGCGAGAAUCUUUCACCUCUAAUUUUCUAAUUAUUUUAAGAUAAAUAUAUGACUGUUUCGAGAUCUGUUGCAAAAAUGGUACAUAAAAAAUGUAGAUCUGCAAUGUAUCCUUUUGGAAAUCUGAAAAGACUAUUGAUACCAGAUGAACAUGUAUCCUGGAAUGUAAAUAUUUCCUAUGACCCUCCCGAAUUUGAAUCUCCAACUAUCAAAAACAAGCCAUGGGCUGAUCCACAUGUAGAUGAUCCACAAUUCAGUCCUAAUUAUAACUGUAUCGAUGGAAAAGUUAAUAGGGCAAGUUUUAUGGGAACAUAUCGUGUUGAGGAGAAGAGACCAUUGAACCCAGAAGGACGAACUGGAUUGAAAGGAAGGGGUGUGUUAGGUAGAUGGGGCCCUAACCAUGCUGCAGAUCCAAUAGUGACUAGAUGGAAAGUUUCUGGAGGGGCCAAACAGGUUCAUUCUUCAAGUUCCUUGCCUAUACUACAAUUUUGUGCAAUUCAAAGAAGAGAUUGCAAUGAAUGGGCCAUUCCAGGUGGAAUGGUUGAUCCAGGGGAAAACGUUAGUGAAACACUCAAGAGGGAAUUUUUGGAGGAAGCAUUCAGCGUAUUAGAUACUGAUAAAGAAGAAGCUUUGAGAAAUGAACUUAUCAUAACUGAUUUCUUCAAACAUGGUAAAGAAAUUUAUAGAGGUUAUGUGGAUGACCCUAGAAAUACUGAUAAUGCAUGGAUGGAGACCACAGCCAUGAAUUUUCAUGAUGAUUCUGGGGAAUCUGCUGGAAAAUUCAAUCUGAAGGCAGGAGACGAUGCAAAAAAUGUUCGUUGGAUUGAUAUUGAUCGAAACCUGGAGUUGUACGCUAGUCAUUCUAGUUUCAUUGAAACAGUUGCUAAAUUAAAUAAUGCUCACUGGUGAACAAAUAUAUUAAGUACUUUAAAAGAACUGAAUAAAUGGAAUAUUGGCAAA